UUCCUCCUCUUACCCAGCCUCGGAAUGCGAGGACGUCUCUCCUCGGUCCUCGCCCGCGGCGCCCAUGGACCUUGGCCCUUUCACUGGACCAGGAGUUGCUCCUACUGCCAUCGAUCGCAGAGCUCCGCGGAACGACGCCCAGUCGGUUGCAGAACCCUAGUCUAUGAAUCUUGGAUAAUGAUCGGGCCUUGCGGCUACUGGAAUCGUUCUCAUAGCUCUGAAAACCCAGGCGAGUGUGGGAUCCUGGUAACUUUUCAGAUCGAGCCGGCCCACUUUCAACUUAUAGGAACAUGGUUAGCCAGGGGAAACUUCGACAUGAUGUUUACCAAGAAAAGAUAGCUUUCAAGUUAGAAGAUUUGCUUGGAAGACUAGAGCACUAUGAGAAAGAAAUGGAAGAUUACCAUGAAAAACUGACUAUUUGGGAGAAGAAUAGAGAGAGUGAGAGGCGCAAACUUCUACUGGAAGAAGCUGAGCUUAAACAGCAGGAGGGUGUAUGGAUGGAAGCAAGAAAUAUCAGGAGUGGAUUUGUUGACAAGUGGAAUUCAUGGAGAAGACGUGGAAAUGUAGAACCUGGUGUUGGAAAAAUGGUGUCAUAUCUUAACCGAGAGAAGAGGCUAGAUUCUAUAGUCGGUUGCCAACCAGUUGCACCUGCAGCUCCAAACGGAAUUUAUCUUUAUGGAAAUGUUGGAAGUGGAAAGACUAUGCUAAUGGACAUGUUUUACAGUGCCACUGAAGGUAUUGUAAAGCACCGGCGAAGGUUUCACUUUCAUGAGGCAAUGCUUGAAAUACAUGAACAUAUGCAUGCCAUAUGGAAGAACCAGCAUACUGAUAGAUCUGUCCAAUCAAGUACUUUCAGUUGGAUAACUAGUCUCCCAUUUGAUGUGAAAGUCAAAGAAUGGUUGAUUGGAGAGGAAAGAUAUAAGCAAGAGGUACGGACAAAUCAUAUUCUACCUGCUGUAGCAGAUAAAUUUCUUGUUGACAGGAAAGCAAAUAAGACUGGGGCAAGUGUUCUCUGCUUUGAUGAGAUACAGACUGUUGAUGUAUUUGCAAUUGUGUGCUUAUCUGGAAUUGUAAGUAGAUUAUUAAGCACUGGAACAGUUCUUGUGGCUACCAGUAAUAGAGCACCUGAGGAUUUGAAUCAGGAUGGUAUGCAGCAAGAUAUCUUCCUAGCAUUCUUGUCCAAGUUGGAGAAAAAUUGUCAAAAAAUUCUAGUUGGUAGUGAGAUUGAUUAUCGCCGCCUAAUACCAAAUACAACUGGAGAUCAGAGUCAUUACUUCUGGCCAUCCAAUUCUGAUGCUCACAGAGAAUAUGAAGCCAUGUGGCAUGACAUCACUAAACAAGCUGGAGAAAACAUUGCUCCGAGAAUCAUUUCUGUGAUGUUUGGGAGAUCCCUGGAGGUUCCUGAAAGCUGUAAUGGAAUAGCAAGAUUCAACUUUGAGUAUCUUUGUGGUCGACCAGUUGGAGCAGCAGAUUAUAUUGCGGUAGCUAGAAACUUUCACACAGUGUUCAUAUCGGGCAUUCCGGUGAUGAGUAUGAGAAUUCGUGACAAGGCACGGAGAUUUAUCACCCUUAUUGAUGAGUUGUACAAUCACCAUUGCUGCCUUGUCUGUUUAGCAGCUGCUUCCAUUGAUGAUCUAUUUCAAGGAACUGAUGAAGGAGCUCUUUUUGAUCUGGAGAGUUUUCAGUUUGAGACUGAGACAGAAGGUGGGAAACUGCGACGAGAUGUUUUAGCUGCUGGCAGUGUCAGUUCAGGGCCGCCUCCUCCUGGAAUGAUAUCUUUGUUAUCUGGCCAAGAAGAGAUGUUUGCCUUUCGCAGGGCUUGUGGUCUUCAUUCCCUUGAGUUGGAUGUAAGUGGCUCACAAUGCAAGACUCUAUGCUUGUUAAUGCUAUCUCCUUUACAUCCCAUAGUCCUUUCUAUCACCACAAUGAAAACAUAGAAGGAAUUUAACUGCUGAUCAUGGUACAGCCAUCUAAACCAAGCAUGGUAGGUUGGAUCAUAUUUUUUUUGUUUGUCCACUGUCGAUUGACACUCUGAUCAAUCAAAAAUCAAAAAUUAAAUUUCAUUUUUUUCACAAUAGUACAUAUUUUAUAGUGCCAUAGAUAUCUAUUCUCAGUAAUCAGUAUGGUCUUCUUCAUUCCCUUGAGUUGGGUGCAAGUGGCUCACAAUGCAAGGCUAUGCUGGUUAACGCUAUCUCGUUUACAUCCCAUGGCACUUUCUAUCACCACAAGGAAAACACGGAAGGAAUUUAACUCCUGAUCAUGGUACAACCAUCUAAACCAAGCAUGUUUGGUUGGAUCAUAUUUUGUUUGGUCUAUUGUUUGAUUGACACUCUGAUGUAACUUUGUUUCUAAUUUUUUUUCAAUUCUGUCCUUUUCUUUAAUAAUUUAGCUAUGUUUUACUUAAAUAAAGAAAAAGCUUA